AUAUAAUCAUCGCAUACAAGUACUCGAUCCACAAGGACGCUUUUUGCGCGCAUUUGGCUCACAAGGCACCACCGAUGGCAAAUUCAAUUAUCCCUGGGGCAUAGCAACCGAUUCAUUGGGUUUCAUUUAUGUUUGUGACAAAGAAAACCAUCGUGUGCAGGUGUUUCAAUCAGACGGCACCUUCGUUGGUAAAUUUGGAAAACUCGGUCCCUUGGAAGGAGAACUAGAACAUCCACACUACAUCGCUGUUUCGAAUACGAAUCGUGUUAUUGUAUCCGAUUCCAAUAAUCAUCGAAUUCAGAUUUUCGACGUCAAUGGAAAAGUUUUGAAAACAAUCGGUUCCGAGGGCUCUGAUGACGGACAGCUAAAGUUCCCACGGGGCAUUGCUGUGGAUGAUCAAGGAUAUAUUGUUAUUGCCGAUGCUGGUAAUAAUCGGAUACAGAUUUUCAAUCCGGACGGCACAUUCUUGAAGGCCUUCGGUUCAUGGGGUUCUGGACGUUCAGAAUUCAAAGGACUCGAAGGUGUUGGUAUUAUGUCGAAUGGAAAUAUAUUGGUAUGCGACCGUGAGAAUCAUCGUGUACAAGUCUUCUAAAUAACGACCAUGAACAAUCAUUAGAAAAAUAAAUUAAAAAAUUCUAAUUACAAUUAUAUAAAUAUACACAUAUGUUUGCACACUCAAAAUAAUUAAAAUGAAUGUAAAUGCUUGAUAUAUUUAUUCAGUUUUAUAAAUGAAAUGCCAAUCGCAUCGCAGGAAAAUAGUUUGUGUUUUUGUCCUAUUUGUUUAUUAAUACGAAUAUGAAUUCAUAUUUAUGCGUAAUUAUACAGAAAAUUUGAUUUUUAUUAAUUUGUUAUCGAUAUUCAUUUGUAGUAGUUACAUAUAUGCAUCAACUAAAAAUAGC